AUGUCAGCACACGCUAAACCAUCAACCGCUACUAAGAGGGCUCCCGAGGUGGAGUCUCUGGAGAGUCUCGUAAAGAUGAUCCAGGACUGUCCAGAGAGCAAGUGCUUAGCCAAGAGCUACCUCACGACAGACUUCGUGAAAAAGAUGAGCUCGGUCAAAAGCGAAUACGGUUGCACCCUUGCACAUAUUAUCCGGAAUUGCGCACUGAAUCCGAAAUCGGAGUGUCCGAGAGUUGGUGAUGCCGACUGCUACAAAGUCUUUCAGGAGUUCUUGGAUAUCGUGAUCAAGACGUACCACAAAAUACCCUCAGACGACUUCAAGCAUCCAGAGCCAACUUUUGGAGACCUCGAAAAGUUGCCAUUCGGUAAUCUCGAUCCGACAGGUAAGAAUUCAGCCUCAGUGAUUGCUCCUUCGACUGGACCAGGCACUUUUGUCCAGUUCUUCUAUGCCUCCCUCUUCUCCCCAGUUUCCAUGAACUGUGUCUCACUCUCUCCCUCUCUCGGUGUCUUUCUCCCUCGUCCGCCAGGUGACUCCGUGGUCUCAACCCGUGUGCGUGUUGGCCGUAGCAUUGAUGGUUUCCCGUUCUCUACCAUCAUCAGCAAGGAGGACAGGUUAUUGCUGGAGCAGAAGUUGUCUGCCGUCCUCAAGGGCCUUACUGGUGAAUUCGCGGGAACCUACCAUUCACUGGAUGGGAUGGAUGAUGAAACAAAGGACAAAUUGGUGAAAGACCACUUCCUCUUCGGAGACAGUAACAAGAUAUUCCAGGAUGCUGGUGGCUAUAGAGACUGGCCUGUUGGUCGAGGCAUAUUUUUUAACAAAGACAAGACCUUCCUCUGUUGGAUUGGAGAGGAAGACCACCUGAGGGUCAUUUCAAUGCAGGAAGGCGGUGAUUUGGCCGCAGUCUACGCGCGCCUAGCCAGAGUGAGUUAUCGUCAUCCCACAUACGUAUUUUCACAGUCAAAUGUUCUGUUAACCUCUAUAUACAUGCAUCCCGAUCAGUGUGAUGUAUGCUUAAUUUGA